CUCUCAGUGUGUCAGGAGACAUGAAUGGGGACAAAAGGAGGGAUAAGAACAGGAGCAGAAUAUUAGAAGAGAGCAGGCUCUCCGGAGCAACAAUGGAAUGAAUGUUGAAGUGAUGACAGAAGACCAGAUAAGGACGUCAUCCUUCUGAAGCUACUACCAGGUUUAGGACAGAUGGUGCUGAAACUCUGCAGAUGUUGGAGUUUUAUAGCAAAUAAAGAGAAAUAUAAUAUCUGAGACAAAUUCCUGCAGCUUUAAGCAGGAUGGAAAUCCCUGCAGGUUCUCUGAAGUAUUUUAGUGGAAAGCAUCCUGAGUGAGAAAGAAGAAGCAGAAGCAGAGGAGGAAGGAAAAAUGCUGCUUUCUGAGAACACAACUGUUUAAUGACAGGGGGUGGAAAUAUCAGCUGAAUAUAAGCCCUGCAGAUCAGAUCGGUCAUUCAAAGACUUCUACACCUCCACCCAGAAAACAGAACAUCAGUCCAGGAACCAUGAAGAUCCUUCUGACUCUCUGCCUCCUGACUUUCCUCUACUUCCUGCGGUCCAGCUCUGCAGGUCCAGUGGCUCCAGAGUUGGGUGGGAUCAACGGUUCCUGCUGUUUACAUAACAGUAAUAUGACGAUUCUAAGAGGAAAGGUGAAGGACCUGGAGAUGUCUCCAAACCACUGCCAAAUCAGAUCCGUCAUAGUCACCACUGUGAGUGAAAGACGGUUCUGCCUUGAUCCAACCGGGAGCUGGACGAAGAAAUUACUUAAAGAGUUUGAGAAAAGAAUACUCCACUGAAGCUUGAAUCCAGGCCAGAACCACAUUUGUUAAGAAACCAUGUUUUCAAUUAUAUCUUUGAUAUUUUCUUUUAUUUUUUUAUCCUGAUUCUGUUUUAUUUUCCUAUAUUUUAGUCAUGUAAAGCACUUUGCAUUGUCCUUGUACUGAAUUGUGCUAUACAAAUAAAUUUGCCUUGCCUUGCCUUGCCUUAACAUGU